AUGACGGACCAAGCUCCGCUAGGUCCUGCAGGCAUACCAGUCCCGGACGACGGAGCGAGCAACCUGAGCAUGUCCUUUGAUGGUAAUGCUCCAGGUGAGGACGCCGCUCCCCGGGAGGGUGAGCUCCCGUUGACCACAACGGCACUAAGGCUACACGACCAUAGGCUCUUUCAGAAGGGUGCAGUUUCCGAGGCCGGUGUCACCACCGGUGCCUCGAGCCGUCAGACUGCGUCCGCGCCUUGGCAGGUUGUGUCCCCUAGUGCUAGACAACCACCGGCCAGCCUUCCGAUAGCAGCCGGAGGAAGCUCAUCCCAAGAUAUUAGUCCGUCAGCCCAGAGUCUUUUCCAACCGACCUCCUCGACUAUGAACAGUUUGACAAUCGGCGAUCAGCGAAUCCUGCAGAAUCAAGCAAACAUUAGCAAUGUGUUUGUUCAGAACGACAGGUCGCCGUUACUCGAGCAGAUAGCUGAACAUCGCCACAAUCAGAUCAUUGGUCAGCUCGCAAACAAUUUUCAGGAGCAACUCCAAGCAAUGGGUAUGAAUGUCAUGUCGGGAGUGUCACAACUCAGAGUUGAACUUGCUCAGGCCGAAACCAGAUUAGGUAGUGAGGAGACACAGGCCAGACAGAGAUUGGCAACAGGUCAGUCGCAGCUUGACUCGCAGGCCAAUGAGAUCAACGUGGCACGAGGUGAAGCUCAAGCUUUGGCCCAAAGACUAAGCGCUGCUGAGAGCCACGCUGACGCUACCUACGCUAGGUUGCGUGAUCAACUUCACCAAGCGGAAGCUAAGGCCGUCAGCAACGCGGAUCUCCUCAAUGCUGAAAUGGACAGUGCCCGUGUCGCCGCUGCUCAGGCAACACAUGCAGUUCAGGCGACAUCUGAGGUUGAGAUUUCACGCUUGACUGCUGAAGUUAGGGAUUUCAGGGUGAUGAUGAGUCACGAGUCAGAGAAGAGAAAGAUGGCUGAAAAGGAGAAUGCUGAACUGAAAUCGCAGCUAAACCAGGCCAUCGCGGCUCUGCAGGCUCAUGCAAGCGCAACGGGGUCCGCCCCAUCUGCGCCACCGGGUCUGAUCCCUACCUAUCCCAUCAAUACUCCGCCUCAGGACGCCAAAGGGUCAAGGCCCCGACGCCACCCUGACGGGGGAGGCCCUGAUGGAGAUGAUGACGGCAGCGAUGAUGAUGACUCGAGCAGCAGUCAUAAAAAGAAAAAGAGCAAGAAGAAAGACAAGAAAAGCAAGAAGAGGGAUUCCAGUUCCUCUUCUGAUCUCUCGCCCAAGCAGCUCAAGGCAAUCAUCAAGCAACUUGCCAAAGGAAAGACUAACGAGAAGGAGGAAGUUGAUGAGGAUGUAAACAAGACCAAAUCCAAGGAGGCCGAGAAGAUCCUGUUCCCCAAGUUCCCGACACCUGAACAGUACAGGAACUGGCGAAUUAGGGUUCGUGAAGCUGUAGUUGCAGCGUCCAAUAAGCCGGAUGAAGCUUUUGAAUGGCUUUCGAAGGUAUGGGACAAGGACUCUAAGGAAGAAGAGUUGAGGGACACAGGUGGCUUCUCUACUCUCGAUGCCAAGGUCUUGUCGGCAGUGACAAAUGUCCUUGAAGGUGACUUCGCGCGCCAAAUGGACACCCUCAAGGAGAGGGAGGCUCACGCCGGGAGGCUAGUGAGGGGUAGACAAAUCCUGUUUCUCCUUCAUCAGCACUUUGCUACAAACAUCCUACACAAUUCCGUGUAUGACAUGGAAGACCUCCUUUCAGUGACGUUGGUAAACGAAAACCUUGUGAUGUUCGUUAGGAACUGGGAUACGGUGCUUUCAGGCAUUCAGACCACCCCUGAAGACAAGGUUCUCGAACCGCUCUUUCAUAGGCAGGUAAAGAAAUGCAAAGCACUUCAGCACGAUAUUGCCAUCUAUGAAAGGGCUGCCGAAGGCUCCAGUGAAAGAUCGUUUAAAUUUCUCUACGACGCCGCCAAUAGCCACUUGAAUCGCAAAAGGCUCGAGAGGAACCGGGAGCGGAUUGCCAAGCAAACUGGAGCUCCUGCUGUUCCUACUGCGCCUGCACCCAAGAAAGUACCCAAAGGGUUUUGCAUCUCUUUUGUCAAGAACGGCAGUUGCAAGAAUGGUGGCAGUUGUAAAUACAAGCACCAGACGCCCAGCGGACGAAAGCCUCGAGUGUGCAAGUUCUACAAACAAGGUCGUUGCGACCGUGGAGAGAAUUGCAAAUUCAUGCACACCGGAAAGCCAGGUGCCGCUGCUACACCCGACGGAAGUCAAAAGGGAUCUGCGCGCCCUGACAAGGGCAAGGACAAGAAGAAGAAGAAGAAGGAACGCAAGGGCUCCAGGGCUAGCUCCAAGGGUUCUAAGGGAAGCAAGGGUUCGAAAGGAUCACAUGGCUCCGGGAACUCGAAGGGCUCAGCUCGAAGGAGGAGUGGCGGACCUUCUCUCCCUGCAGCAGUUUGCCUUCUAGGAGCAAUGAUGGCCGGCACGGCUUCCCAAGCCGACGCUUUUACUCUCCGGAAGGAUGAGUCGUACUGGCCCCCUCAGUGUUCCACUGACAUGCGUUUGGCGCUACCAGCAGUGUCUUUUGACAACAGCCCAAUGUACAUCAACUUCCCACUCAGAGAUGGAGAGCUUAAGUAUGACAAGAAGUGGUCUGUUGACUACACUCCCAAGCCAGACAAUCAAUCCACCAGAGAUGCACUUAUGGUUCAACUAUCAUCAGAAUCGCCACCCAUCGAAUGGAUUGGUGACACAGGGAGUGCUCAGGAUCUCAUCUCAGAGCGGGAGCUUGUGAAUCUGCAUCCGUACGAAUCGGAUAACGUUCCGUACUUGAAGUCUUGGAAGGAGGGUAUCGCUUGUCCUGCCCUUUCAAGACACGAGUCUACUCGGAUCGAUACGGAUGAUGCUGUUGAGACCAUCACCAACCCAGAACAGAUUGCCGCGCAACUUAUCCAGGAGCAGGAUUUCUCCCAUCAGGCAUGCUUGCGAUUGCUGAAGGUGAUUAAGUACCUUCUGUCCUAUCUUAAACAUCAUGGAGCGGAUGGCCCAAUAACAUCGAUUGCUGUCAAUCAGAACUCAGGCGUUAAAAUGCACAAGGAUGUCAACAAUCACCGUGAACACCUCAACUACACCAUUGGCGAUUUCACCGGAGGCGAAUUGUGGAUUCACGAUGACACCAUCCGGAAGGAUGAGCCAGGUUGCAUCAACAAGAUCGCCCCCACUGGUGCCAAACUGGGAGGUCGUUUGCACAGGUCGAAGUCGAAGAUCAUUUCCUUCGAUCCAAAGACUUUCCAUUGCGUCACUCCCUGGAAGGGCGAGCGUUGGAGCAUCACGGGAUACGUCAAUCGCGCUGUGCACAGGCUGGAUUCGCAUCAGCUAGAGAAGCUUAAGUCACUGGGGUUCUUGCUGCCGAAACAGAAGAACUUCCCUCCAGCAGUGCCUGCGGAAAUCGAUGAGGAGAUGACUCUUUACGAGUUAGCUACUAUGGAUCCUCCAGCUCCGGCCCCAGAACCGAAAAGCAAGCCUAAAGUGAAGUUGAAAAAGAAGCCUGAGGAACCAUCAAACAAGAAGAAGAUUGCCAAAGAAGCCUCCAAAGCCGAACCACCUUCGGAUGAACCAGAUUGGUCAAAAGUCGAGGGGUUAUUGAAAGAAGCUGUUGCCCCCAUCCCUUCAUCUCCGGAUGAAGAGUUCCUUGAUGAAACGGAACUGAUCAGGUCGCCGAAACCCGAUUCAGGUGAGCCGAGCGUCCUCCCUCCUCCUCCGGAAGGAGAGAGGCAUGCUCCAGAUGGGGAUCCUGGUGAGGGUAGUGGUGGGGAAGGCAAGAGGUCGAGGCGCAUUGAGAAUUUGAAGAAAGAAGCCAAGUCAGCGGCGCAUCUCAUGACGCACCUUCCCAAAAAUCCAUUCUGUGAUGUUUGCCAAAGAGCUAAGAUGUACAAGCCGCCUUCGUACCAAACGGAUGGCUGGCACAGCGUCGAAGCUAAGGCGUUUGGAGACCAUAUCACUGCGGAUCACAUCAUUGUGUCAGAGGAUGAGUGCAUUGCAGCAUUGCAACAUUUCGUUUCCUCCUCUGACGAGGUCAUUCCCUUUGGUUGCAGAAUCGACUAUUGGGUUGGACCCAAGAAAAAGCGCAAGAAUCGUGAAAGGUUCGAGCCAACUGCUGAACCAGGUGUUUUCGUGGGAUAUCAUUUUCAGCCGGGCAUGAAAUGGAAGCACGAGGUAUUGGUUCUUUCACUGAAAGAGUUAAAUCGACAGGACUUCCAUGAAUGCAUCAAGCCCAUAAGAGCAUACCAGUUCAAGGUGCCUGAAGGUGAUUUCACUUUUCCCAUGAAACAGAGGUACGAACGUGUGCAACAAGGUCUCGCUGCCGAUGCCCUCGAGCGACCAGCGACGGAGUCACUCCACAAUCAGGACGCUGAGCCCUCAGCUGAACAGGCCGCUGAAGCUUCUGACGCCGACCGGAAGGUUGAGCCCCCUAAAGUUCUUCACCCCAAAACCGGCAAGGAGAUUCCUCUGCCGGAAGGUGGGAAGUACUAUGAUUCGGGGGGUACACUAGGUCGUCGCUACGGGGGGACUAGAGGUUCUAGAAAGCCGGACAGCAUUCCGAGCGAUCUAUGGGUCCGUCUCUCUAAAGCACAAAAGGAGAAGGCCAUUGAUGAUGAGGCUCGAGAGCAAGCUUUGAGAGAUCUCGAGGCCCGAGAAACUCCCUCGUCAAGUAGCAGCGCCAGGCCCUCUGCAGUAGCUAAUCCGGUUAAAGAUGAAUGGACAAUUCGGGGGGAUAAGCUCAUCCGCUUUCACUACUCUCCGAGACGUGAACUGUUCUCCCCUGAUCUCACUGAUUGUCCUGUUCCUAUCUCCGCUCUUGGUAAAGAGAGAUUGACCAAAAUCAUGCCAAUUGGAGGUACGGACAUCAUAGCCGAUUGUGAUGAAUGGCGUCAUGUACGCAAGCGCAACAAGAAGCUCAGCUUCAAAUGGGUUGGUCGUACUGAGUUCGACAUCCUUACCAAACCCCACACUUCGGAAGAAGCUGUCAAAGAUUUCCCAUGUAUGCCUACAGUUCCCAUGUCUAGUCAUCAACAUAGGGACAAGAUCCCUGCUUCCCGCGCUCUUACUGCCGAGCAAGUUCAGGAAGCUAUGGCUAUGGUUGCCAGGCCAGUAGGAAGAAAAGAGCUGUUAGCUGAUCCUCAGGCCCAAGCUUCUCUUGACGUUGAAUGGGAAAAGUUGAUGAAGAAGAAAGCCUGGGACAUGUCAUCUGUUCGUGAAUGGGAAGAAGUCUCUAAAGAGGCAGCCAAAAGAGGAAAGAAGGCCCACGUUGGCAAAAUCUUUGAAAUCUGCGUGGAAAAGGGCAGUGAGCUUCCUAAAGGGAAUCCCUUACGGAAGUUCAAGGGUAGGACCGUCUUUCAGGGCAACAAUGUGAAGGACGAGAACAAUGACACCGCUCUCUUUAGUGAGCUGGGCUCUAGUCCCGCCACCAUGGAAGCGGGUAAGGUUCUCGACGCCUAUGGCCAUGCCCCCGGCCACGAUGUGGAACAGGGGGAUGGUAAACAGGCGUACACGCAAACGACUCUGAAAGGCGCUGACACUUGGGUCAGGCUCCCACGUGAGCGUUGGCCUAAGGAGUGGGUCGGCAAGUUUAGGGACCCCGUCGUCCGCCUCAGAUUGGCUCUUUACGGGCACCCAGACAGCGGGGGCUUCUGGGAGCAACAUUGCGAAAAGCGCUUACGGGAGGUUGGUUUUGAGCUCGUGUUUCCCGCUGCAUGGCCAUCUGUCUUUUAUCAUCCCACAUUGAAGCUUUUAUUAGCCGUGUAUGUAGAUGAUUUCAAGAUGGCCGGGCCAAAAGAGAACCUAGCCAAGGGUUGGGAACUCAUCGGUUCUCGCAUCGAUAUGGACGUUUUCAGGAACAUUCCAGAAGUGGAGAGCCUAAUCUACUCAAUGAAGUGGGGGUAUCACCUCGACCAGCUCAUCGAUGAGGCGCUCAAGCACCUUAACGAGGCGAGGGAUCACCGCCCGGAAGGGGCGGCUACCCACAUCAUUUUUGGAUGGUCAGGAAACGAUGUAUGGGGCCAACACGGCUAUCAUGGCUACACUUGGCAUCUUCAGAGCAAGUUCACAAAGCGAACAGCCGAGGAGCUCGAGCAGAUUGACACUUGGCCUGCAAAGCAGAAGCUUCGUGUUGAUCGGGCGUGUGAGAGAGCGUGCAAGCUCCUCCACCGGACUGACGUCUCGGGUGUGUCUUUCUUGAUGGGCAGCCAUCACUCCUGUUUCUUCCCGGUCGGGGAGCUCUAUGACAGGUGCAUGAAGAAUCACGCCCGAGAUCUGAUGAGCGGAGGAUGCACCAUCAUUGACCCUGUGGAGCUCUAUGAGCAGACCAGCAGGCCUGAUGGCUUCCACGCUGACGCGUCGGAUCAAAAUCUGCAGAGCACCCUUAGGUGGCACGCGGCGAUGCUCCGCGGCAUUCUCACAGAUUACCGCCUUCUCGCUGUUGAACAGCAACUCAUCGCAAACCAAAGAGAGGCCGUUUUUCAUGCACACUUUGUGUUGAACAAGCCCGAACCGUUCCUCACCGUGCCCCCCGCGUCCGGGAGAAUCCUUUCCAAGAUUGUUGAUUCCCCGGACCCACCUCUGGCGAGGGAGGCAGAAGAGGAGAUUGUGUUGGCCGGCCCACUCCUGGCGGAGGCGGAGUACGAAGUCGUCAACGAUGACUCGGCUCAGAGCUGCAAUCCGCAGCCCAUCACUGAGUUCGACUUUGCCAGGAAUGACACCAGGCCCGGCGCAGGCUGUGUCCUCGCGAUUGAAGACGGCGACCCGAUCAAUGUUGUCGCUGAGGAACACCUUGUCAUGGCCAACCAAGCGGCAGAGGGUAUCACGCAGGAAGAACUCACCGCGGUCGCGGCUGAAGAGGAAAUUACCCUCCUUAGCCAAUUCGUGGAGCAGGAUGAUGAUCCCUAUGAGAAUGCCGACACCUACUCCUUGAAGAAAGCUGAGGUGGUCGCGCCCCCUUCUCCCGUGGUCGUCAUCGACGACCCCGACGCCCCUCAGCCGAGCGAGGCCGUUGCGCAGGCACCCCUUGUUCCAAGGGCAAAGCCGAGGCCUCCCACGCUGCCGCGUUGGGUUACCGCUGAUCAGCUCCCUGAUUUGCCGGAUGAUUACCGUUUCCUCACGGAGAACGCCCGGGUCUGCUUGUCGAAGAAGAUGUCUUUUCUCGCCCGGGGAUUCGCCAAUCGGCGAGCGCCAGAAAUGGCGGUCCACAUCUCAGCCAGGGACAAUUCUAUUGAAUGGUCCGAAUUUUUCGAGAAGUUGGGAAUGAUGUGGAGAGGCCUUCGUGUGGAGCACGUGGUGGACGUCCUCAAAUCCACUCACGACAAAGUGCGGUUCGAAGUCAAGGUUGUCAUUAAACCCGACAGGGAGGUCCAACUGCGUGCCUUUAGAGCGAUUCAGGGGCAUGACGGCAUACUCCUCUCGGAAGAGACGGACGUGAUGGCACUGAACACCCACUCAUACCAUCUGUCCUCUCUUUGGCUCAACUUCCAUGAGUACCGGCACUACAUCACUGACAUGACAAGGCCGUACCAAAUCGCCCAUGAAGAGAACCUCACGGUUGAAGAUGAGAUCAUCCCCAGAGACUCCAAAAGUCUUUAA